UUAGCUGAAAUCUCGGAUUCGGAUUCGGUUACACCAAAGGGAGACCACUGGAUAUACUGGGAUAUACUUCUAUAUAAACCUACCUGUUCUUACGAAACUUACUCUUUAAUCGGCGACCUUAUCCCCAGCACUAGAACUACAACCGCCACCAUGUCUCCCCAACCCCAACGCGGACCCAUAACCACCCCCCUAACCUCCCUCCUCGGUAUCCAACACCCAAUCCUGCUCGCCGGAAUGGCCCGCGUAUCCGGCGGUGCCCUCGCAGCCGCCGUAUCCAACGCGGGCGGCCUCGGCGUAAUCGGAGGCUUCCAAUACACACCCGCACAACUCCGUUCCAUAAUCGCCGAUCUAAAAUCCUCCCUCCGCUCCCCAGACCUACCCUUCGGCAUCGACCUAGCACUCCCCCAAAUCGGCGGCACCGCCAGAAAAACAAACCACGACUACACGGGGGGUAAACUCGACGAACUCAUAGACAUCACGAUCGAAUCCGGGGCGCGGUUAUUCGUUAGUGCAGUCGGAGUACCGCCGAAGCGGAUCAUAGAUAAAUUACACAAAGCAGGGAUUCUGGUAAUGAAUAUGGUCGGGCAUCCAAGGCACGCGGUAAAAGCGCUCGAGUUAGGCGUUGAUAUGGUAUGUGCGCAGGGCGGCGAGGGAGGGGGUCAUACGGGUGAUAUAGCGGCUUCGAUACUCAUCCCCGCCGUCGUGGACGUAGCAAGGAAAUACAAACCCCCGAUGCUAAACGGACAGACCGCUAUCGUGGUAGCUGCGGGUGGUAUUAACGACGGGCGAUCGUUAGCCGCGGCUCUUAUGCAAGGGGCGGCUGGAGUUUGGGUUGGCACGAGGUUCGUGGCUAGUGUGGAGGCGAAUGGGAGUGAGGAGCAUAAACAGAGUGUUGUGUCUGCGACGUAUGAGGAUACGCAGAGGACGCUUGUGCUUACGGGGCGGCCGUUGCGGAUGCGGAUUAAUGGGUAUAUUGAGAAGUGGCAUAAGCAGCCGGAUAAGAUUAAGGAGUUAUGCGAUAAGGGGAUUGUGCCGAUUGAGCAUGAUCUUGAGAAUGAGGUUGAGGAUAUUGAUGCCCCGCAUAUCAUGGGUCAGGUCGCGGGUUCGAUUACUGAAGUCCAACCUGCGGCCGAGAUUGUGCAGGAGAUGGUACAGGGUGCCGUGGAUAUGUUGAAGUUGGGAGGAUCGUAUCUCGGCGCCGGGGACGGUGAUGUUAGGAGUAAACUUUAGGUAGUGAGGUGAGACGAGAUAUGAGGGCGUUCGGGAGUUUGGUUUGGUUGUUGCACAAUGAUUAUGGGACGAGACGAUGGAGGGAGGAAUUCAGGAUUUGUAUACAUAUACCUAUCUGUCCGUGCCUCUGUAGUACAUGAUUCGGAGAUCAGACCG